CUUAAAUGUCGACGUAACGAUUUUGUCACAGUGUCAAAAUUAUGCGUGAAUACAUUAAAUUUUCAUUUUUCCCUAACCAUUAAUCAUAGGAAUAAACAAAUAAACGUAUAACAAUUCCAGCCGCAUAAAAGCAACAAUAAAUUAAAGCAUAAAAUGUCGCCAGCGUCGCAAACACACAAACCACCCAGUAGGUGCAAAAGCAUCGUAGAAAUGCUCAACGCUUUCCCGUUGGUAAUCCUUCCCUCCAAGAACGUGGCAUCCUCCGGCAACUAUUCCAACAUGAAAAAAUUAAAAUCUUGCUUGAAAAAAGAGGAAAAAUUGGGCAAAAAGGGCAAAAACGCCGCGUCUGGACCGGACUUUCCGAACAUCAACAAUGUCGAUAAGAUGCCGAUGCCUUGGAGAAAGUGCUACCAGUUCCCGGUGCGGACGAAUUUCGAUCAGUUCGACCCGGAACCGUUGGAGGAAUUCAUGGAGGAAUGCCCGCUGCUCAUCAGCACGUCGAAGCCGCCCCACGAAUGGGCCGAAUACGUCGAAGACUGGUCGGGACUAAUCUACUGCACUCACAGCCGAUUGCCCAUGGCGCCCCUUUAUCGCGUCCCGCCCUCAUAUAAGCUGUGAUUAUGGUAUAAUGUUUUACUAAUAGGGAAGAAUUAAUAGGGUAAUGUAUUAAUGCAUAAUGUUAAUAACAGUG